GACCAUCAUGAUAAAUGCUUGUCAAGAGCCAUGGACCCCUUAAAACACCAAACACAGCCAUCGGAGAGAACAAACCAAGAGGGUGAGACUUCAUCACAACCCCAGCUCUCACCUAAGCAGCUUGCAGCUGCCAAGACUUUGCCCUCGGCAAGUCUUAAUCAAGAGGGGGAGACCUCAGUGUCAGAUCUUUCAUUUGAGCUACCAACAUCAUCUGAGAGCAUGGAAAUAAUUAUUGAUGUUGAUGCUGAUACUGACAUCGAUAUAAUCACUCCUGAAAGUUCAUACUCUGAUGCUGCUGACCCAGAUGUGCCAUCACUCAAACGAACUGACAGCAUAUUUCUUACCAGUGAAUACCUGCAGUCAAUCUCCAAGGUGGCUGACACACCAGAAGCUUCUGGAAGUUGUAUUGAAAGCACUGAUGAUGAAUAUAUUCCAUCAAAAGACUCAGGGAAUGAAAGUAGUUCAGAGGGAUUUGACAGUCCUGCAAAAAGGGUCCCAUUGUUGAAAAUUAAGAAAACAAAGAAGUCACAAAAGACUUCCAGAAGAAAAACACUUCCAAGUACAUCUUCGGACCUGAAGCAGACACUCACCUCAGGGGAUCGGAUGCCAUCAGACAGAUUGCAAAGGAAUGUGGAGCGAAGCAUCCAGAAACACUGUCCUCAACUAAGUUGAGAAAGCAUGUGUCCACACUGUCGACAGUCCUAAACCUGAGAGACAAUGAGAUGGACAUCCUCGCAAAUUUUCUAGGCCAUGAUAUCAGAGUCCAUAGGGAGUACUAUAGACUGCCUGAAGGAACACUUGAGUUGGCUAAAGUCAGCAAAGUGCUCAUUGCUCUAGAACAAGGCCGACUGUCAGACUUCAAGGGAAUGAGCCUCGAUCAAAUCCAAAUUAAUCCCAAUGAAGAAAUGCAGGAAGAUGUGGAAAGUGAUCUUUCAGAGACGGAUGCAUCAAAGGAGUCAUCUUUCAGCUCCUCAACAUCGAGAUCCCAAAGAUCGAGAAGUCAGCCAACCACUGAUGAGUUUGAUGAAGCACCC